AUGAGGAAGAAGAUUUCAGGAUAUGCCAAGCAGCAACAAGCCUAUGCCGACGAUGCUAAGCAGACACUGGCCAAGGCGUCACUACCCCAAGCCUUGUUAGACAUGGCAAAGUCUUUUACCGAGCGAGAGUUGCUUCUGGAGCUCCUCAAGUGGUUCAAAGCGGAUUUCUUCCGGUGGCUGGACAAACCCUGCUGUGAGCACUGCCCUGCGAGUUCCGGCGCCAAGAACGAAGGAAUGACUGAGCCAAGUGAAGAGGAACUCCGCUACGGAGCCACCCGGGUUGAAGCCUGGCGCUGCGAGAGCUGUGGCCGCCUGUUGCGGUUCCCAAGGUACAGUGACCCAGCACGUUUGUUGGAGACUCGGCGAGGCAGGUGCGGCGAGUGGGCCAACUGCUUCACACUGAUUGCGACAGCUCUUGGCUACCAAGCUCGCCUUGUCGUGGACUGGACUGACCAUGUGUGGACUGAGGUUUGGUACGGAGGGUCAUGGCACCACUGCGACGCUUGCGAAACCUGCUUGGACGCUCCACUGACCUACGAGGUUGGCUGGGGAAAGAAGCUGACCUACAUCAUUGCUUUUGGUCCAACGGAAGUGGUUGAUGUAACUGCGCGCUACACUCGUAACUGGGCAGCGGUCCUUUCGCGGCGGACCUUGCUUUCAGAGGAGCAACUGGCCAAGGCUAUCGAAGAUUCAGAAUCUAGUCUGCGAGGAGAUCUCCUGGCUCCUGCUUGGAGAGACCUGGAAGAGGCUGAGCUUGCUGAGCUCCGGUCUCAGAAGCAAAACUCGUCAAACCUUUCGCCUGCCGAGCUUUGUGGUCGCACGUCAGGGUCCACGGACUGGCGAGCUGAGCGAGGGGAGCUGGGCAUACUUCCUGUGCUCAUAGCAGAAUCAUCCACCACCAUCGACCCUUCCCUCCCUUCCCUAGAGCCCAAGGAUGCAAAUGUGCAGCUGCAGCCUGCCCAGUUAUUGUCCGGUGCUGCACUGGGCCAGCACUCAACUGGAGUCAGGUGUUUGGAGCUGCGUGCACCCUUUGCCACCGUUGAGCUGCCUGCUGAAGCUCCAGAUGCGUUCCUCUGCCCGGAAGGCUUCACAGUAGAGGCUUGGGUUGCUGCGUCAGCAGAAGAGCUGCAGCCCUUGGCUCAUGCAAACCCAGUGAUCUCACGCCACGGCCCAGCCUCGGGCUGGGAGCUUCGGAUCUGCGCUGAGGGUGCAGUGGUCUUCUUGGUGACAGUGGACGGGAUCCACAAAGAAUUGCAGAGCGCAAGCUGCUGUGAAUGGCGCGGUCAGUGGAUCCACGUGGCAGGGUCCUUCGAUGGCCAGGUCUCUCGAAUAUUCGUUGGCAAAGAGCUCGUGGCUGAGCAGCAGGUCCGGGCAUUCGAUCAGCCUUCGAGGGGCCAUUGUGCCUGGGGAGAAAUCCAGCUUGGAAUGACCGUGGUGCCCGAUGUUGGCUCUAUGCUGCACGUGGUGGCCACUGGACUGGGCAAUCGGAAGGUCCGUGCUACAAAGAUGAACGCGGACUCCUCCAGGUCUCACCUCAUGCUCAUCAUCAGUAUGGACGUCAGCGACAAGGAGACAGGAAGGCGGCGGUUGGGCAAGAUAUCUAUCGUGGAUCUUGCAGGCUCAGAGCGCCUGAGCAAGAGUGAAGUCACGGGCGAGGCUCAGAAGGAGGCCAUCGAAAUCAACAAAUCCUUGACCGCGCUCGGAGAUGUGAUGAUGGCAUUUACUUCCCGCGCCAAGCUAAUUCCGUACCGCAAUCAUAAGCUGACGCAGCUCAUGCAGGACAGCCUGGGGGGCUCAGCCAAGACAUUGAUGUUCGUGAAUGUUUCGCCGUCCUCAUCGAACGCAGACGAAACCAUCAACUCCCUGAAGUAUGCUUCCAGGGCCAGGUGCAUUGAAAACGAAGUGAAGACGAACGGGCCGAGCACCAAAAGCAUUGGGCGCUAG